UUUUUAGUCCCGAUUUUUCAUUGUAUUUUUAAUAUUAAUUUGUUUUGGUUUAUACAAUUGGCAAGUUAUAUUAUCUCCUAUGAAACUGAACUUGAACUUUGGGUUAUUUGGUGUCUGCAUUUUGCUUUUUUUCGGGGCGGCAGGCAGAGCACGGCGAAUAGCCAUUAUUGGAGGUGGCGCGGCAGGAGCGGCGGCGGCAUACUUUGCACAGGAGGAGCUCAUUGGGCGCGGUGAGGCUCCGGCCAUAAUUCACGUGUUUGAGCGAGAUCAGCGAAUUGGCGGGCGGGCGCACUCGGGCAGCGUCGAGUACAGCAACCAAACACUCAUGUUUGAGAUUGGUGCGUCGAUGUUCAUUGGCAAAAACCAGCAUCUCGUCGGCCUGGCGCGCAAGUUCAAUCUGACGCUGUGUGCGCACCCAUGCACGCUGGGCGCAGCGACAAGCGGCUCUGUCGGCGGCAUCUGGGCACUGGGUGCGUAUGGGUUGUGGGACCCGCUCUCGGGGGCGGCCGGUGGGUCGUGGGUUGUGCGGCAGUGGGCGGACCACAAGUCCCGUGAUGCGCUGCAGAUGCUUUGGCGGUACGGCGGAACGGGUGAUCUGACGCAGUCGUAUGCCGACUUUGGCGACCCAGCGCGUGGCGCGUUUGCGUCCUGGGACGACUACGUCAGCGACAAGCCGCACAUGCAGGCGUCACUGUACUACACGGCGGCUGAGUUCUACAGCAGCGCGGCCAAUGCCAUCGGGCGGCGCCUGCUAAGCGAGGUCGUAUCACUGGCCACGCGCAUCAACUACAUGCAGGAUGUCGACGCUGUCAAUGCGAUGGGUGCGCACAUCUCGAUGGCCGCAGAGUCUGACGCCGCAUACUCGGUGGCUGGCGGCAACUGGCAGUUGUUUGUGCGCAUGCUUAACAGUUCGGCCGCGCACGUGCAUCUCGGCACCACCGUCGACGACGUGCAGCGCAGCAGCAGCAGCGGCAGCGGCAGCGGCUAUCGCGUCAGCUUUGUCAGGGACGGCUCGGCUGCGGCCAUGGACUUCGACUCGGUCAUUGUGGCGGCUCCACUACCCCUGGCCAACCUGCGUGUCCUGGACGGGCAGCGCCAAAAAGACGCGGCCGCGGCCUACGUCACCAUGCACGUCACGUUUGCCAUCGGCGUUCUGCGCGGCGACCUGUUCCCGGCCGACUCCAGCGGCGAGGCUCUUCCGCGGCUCAUCGUGACGCCAAAGCACACGACCGAGCCGUUCAACUGCCUGUCAAUCCUCGCGUGCCUCGACUCGGCGGGCCGUGGGUUGUGCGGGCAGCGCGGCGGCACGGUGCUGGUCAAGAUUUUCUCGCAGGCCCCCGUCGACCUGGCGCGCGUGUUUGCACGUGUUGAGUGGCAGCGCUCCCAUAUAUGGGAUGCGUACCCACGGCUGCACCCACGCAACGGCGCCGCGUACUCGAACCCGGCUUCUUCCGAUAUGUUUCGGCUCAGCAGGCCGCGGCUUCCGCCGAUCGUGCUGGACCGGUCGGGCAACGGCACCAAUGGUGUUUAUUACGUUGGCGGCAUGGAGACUCUGUUCAGCACCAUGGAGUCGCAGACCGUCGCUGCCAGGCACGUUGUGCGCCUGGCCCUGUUUGGAGAACACUGCGAGUGA